GAAGAGCCUAAUCGUGACCACAACCUGUUCCGCAAGAUAGUUUGAGUAUGUCUAACAUUCCAGACUUCGAUGACUUGCCCAAGGUAGAGGGCAUGCCGCAAGGGUGUGCCUGGGGCCUGUGGGACAAGGAUGGCAAGAAAGACGUCUACGGCACUCUCAACCUCCUCACACCAGAAGUCAUCAAAGCCGCCUAUGCCGAAGCCAAGGAAGGCGUUCACGUCUCCCUCAACUGGCCCAUCGGAGCAAUCAAAACCCCAGGCUUCGGUCGUAAAGGACUAGUCCACAAAGUCGUCAGCUUCGUCGACACUCCACUAGCCUGCCACGGCUACGACGACGAAGUCGAAUUCAACACCCAAUGCUCAUCCCAAUGGGACUCCUUAGUGCACUUCCACCACCAAGCCAGCCAAUCCGGCUACAACUUCACCAAAACCUCCGUCGACGAACUCACCCAACAGCACGGAAACGAAGACCACGACCAAAAACUCCCCACCCUAAACCACUGGCACAAACGCGGCGGCAUGGUCGCCCGCGGCGUCUUCAUCGAUUUCAAAAAAUUCGCCGAAGAAACCGGCCGUCCUUUCAACCCUUUCACCGACGACAAGAUCACAGUCCAAGACAUCGAAACUGUAGCAAAAAAACAAAACGUCGAAUUCAAACCCGGCGAUGUAAUCAUAAUCCGCUCCGGCUUCACCGAAGCCCUCUCCAACAUCUCCGGCGAAGCCCAAGCCAAAUUAAUGUCCUCCCACCGCGUCGCCGGCGUCACGGGGGACGUAGAAACGGCAAAAUGGUUCUGGAACAAACACUUCAGCGCCGUGGCAGGCGACAUGAUCGCUUUCGAACACAUUCCUCCAAUAGUCAACGGCAAAGAAGGUGACGUUUCCGAAUUAGUUUUGCAUCAAUAUUUUUUGGGAUUGUUUGGGAUGUCGAUUGGGGAACUUUGGGAUUUGAAAGCGCUGUCGGAGACGGCGGAGAGGUUGGGUCGGUAUUCGUUUUUGUUGACGAGUGUGCCGUUGAAUGUUCCGGGGGGCAUUGGCAGUCCGCCGAAUGCUUUGGCGAUUUUUUAGUACUAGCAGCAGGAUACAUACUCUGGACGUAUGGAUGGAUGAUUUUGGCAUGUG